GUCCCCGUAAUUGACACUUGUGAGCCGACGUUCCAUUAAUAAGGCGGGAAUUCUCUCCCCUUUUCCCUCUCCACUGGUUUUGUGCUGGAUGUUAACUACUUUUUGCCCAAUUGAACACUAGAAUCAAACUUCCCUUUGAAUCCCCCAAUUCAAUACAUCCUCUCCUCACGCAGGCACGUCAAAUUCGGGCAAAGCCAUGGGAGAUCUUGCACCUACACAUGACAACAAUGAAACCCACAAGAUUUCAGCUGUCAUAUUUGAUUUGGACGGUACCCUUUUGAACACAGAGCAGGUAACGAAGGGGGUUUUGAAGGAAUAUUUGGGUAUAUAUGGGAAAGUACCAGAUAAGGAGAAGGAGAUUAAAAGAUUGGGGAUGACUCAGAAACAGUCUGUCAGUGCCAUUAUCAAAGAUUAUGAUCUUCCACUUUCUCCUCAUCAAUACAUUCAAGACAUCUUACCCUUUUAUCAGGGAAAGUGGCAGCUAGCAAAAGCACUUCCUGGAGCCAAUCGCCUUAUGGCACAUCUUCAUAAGCAAGGAAUUCCCAUUGCACUUGCUUCAAAUUCCCUAAGGAAAAACAUAGAUGGGAAACUCGCUUAUCAUGAAGGUUGGAAAGAACGCUUUGCAGUAAUUCUUGGAAGUGACCAGGUUAGAGCAGGGAAACCAGAGCCAGACAUAUUUCUGGAAGCUGCAAGCAGGAUGAAUGUGCAUCCGGCUGACUGUCUUGUGAUAGAGGACUCUGUUGUCGGUGUUAAAGCUGGAAAGGCUGCUGGAAUGAAGGUAGUUGCUGUGCCAUCAGUACAAACCGAAAUUGAUCAGUAUUCUAUUGCUGAUUCUGUGCUUCAUUCGAUUCUUGAGUUACAGCCCGAACUUUGGGGUCUCCCGCCAUUUGGAGAUUGUAUAGAUAAUGUAUUGCCUGUUGAGCCUGUUUUUUUCAAAGGUUUUUACAGCAAUGGACGCCUCCGUGAAUUUACAGAUGAUAUAUUGGCUGAUCUACCUGAUCAAGUUUUUGGAAUUUAUGUUGGAUGGGCAAAGAUCGAGUCCAACGAGUUCUUGAAGAUUGUUGUCAGCGUUGGAUGGGAAAAUGACAGCUGCAGUUCAAAUAGAAAUAUUCAAACCUUCAUACCUGAUGGAAACAAUGAAGAUCUACAUGAUUGCGAGAUGGAGCUUGUUCUUGUGGGUCACAUCAGAGGAUCAUAUAGCAUGAAAACAACCAACUUUCUUGACAUUCUUGAUGAAGACAAGUCGAUAGCAAGCGCUGCGUUUUGCCACCCAGAAUUUUCCCUUGACACCUGCAAAUCUGUAUUUCCUCAAGAAUGAAAAUGGAGGACAUUAGAUUCAGAAAAUGUGUCAGUUUUUUUCUUACCUAUUUAUGAAUCUCACCUGAAUAUUACAGACUUACAUCCCUUUCUGAUUGCCACAAUUGCAGUCAUUUAUGCUA